AGGAAGCAGAAGGAGAUCGAAAUAGAGCAGCUGAGCAUGAGACUAGCAGAAGCAGAGGCAAAACUGAAGUCAGAAGUCGCUCGAUUGAAGAAGAAGUACCAGGUGCAAAUAACGGAGCUCGAGAUGGCCUUGGAUACGGCCAACAAGCAGAACAUUGACUUGCAAAAAGUUAUCAAGAAACAGUCUCUGCAAAUCACGGAGCUGCAGACCCAUUACGAUGAGGUGCAUAGACAACUACAGCAGACCGUAGAUCAGCUGGGUGUGUCUCAGCGCCGUUGCCAAGGCCUACAGGCUGAGCUCGAUGAGAUGAGGGUCAGCUUAGAGUCG